GUAGAAACAAGUGCCUCAUCGUAUAAAAAUGUCUAAUAAUGAUAUUGAUCACAUGGACGAUGCAUUGAUCAAUGAAACUUUAUCACAAGAUGUGUCAUUAAUUGAAAGAUCCAUACAGAUAUCAAAUUGUGAUGAACAAUCGCUGGAAGACACAGUAAAUGCUUCUGCAGAAUCUGAGAGCAAUAAUAUAUUUGGUCAAAAUGAUACGGAUGGUACAUGCAAAUUUGUUGAUGGAUCAACUUUCACUUGGGAUCACUCGAUAUUUUACCCUUUAUUGACAUCUACUCCCUUUAAUAACCCUUUGGUAUGUAUUUAUUAUUUAUCUUCAACAAUUUUGAGUAAAAAUAAAUUGAUUGAAAAUUUUUUUUUGGAAAAUGAGGAAACUGGAAACUGGAUAAAUGAUGAAUAUUAUAGUAGUGAUGAUGAAAUUCAAGAGGCUUUAAAAGACAAGAGUAAAGAAUGCGAUAUUGAUACAGACAAUAAACUAGAGUUAACCAUUUGCAGAGUUAUUAGAACAAAACCUUUCAACUAUUCAACUGCAAUCCAAGAAAUAGUUGAAUUCAGAGAUAUUAUUUGUAUACAAACAAUUCAAAUUUUGUUACCAUCAGUAUUUGUUGAAGCUGAAGGUAAAAGAUACAUUGUACCUAUACCAAAUUUGUAUUCUUACUGA